AUGACCUUGCGAGCCGAGUUGAACUACUCCCAGGGACCUGCCAACGAACGGCCAUACAUUCAUACGUAUGAGCGACCUCCGGAGCUGGCGGCUGCUUCAACCCGACCUCUGAAAACGAACUUGGAGCAGGUGCCUGUCGAGGUGACCGUCCAUGAUGGUCGUGUGGCCGACCCGCCGUGCGCCAUGGAGACGCAUGGGUUUACGCUCAUCCAGGAUGCACAAACUAGCUUGAGUCGUGAUGAAUUUUACGACGGCAACAAGGUGCGCAAGGUGUAUUAUCCCGAAAUAGAGGCCAUGUUGUGUGAACAGCUCGGCUGUGGUCACGCGCGCGUGCUGCACCACGCCGUACGAAAUGAGGAGCUGGAGCCAAACCGCAGCGAUGUCAAAGGCUAUGGUCUCGCGGUUCACACAGAUGCCAAUAGCAAUGCGUCCCAAGACUUGUUUCGCCAGUUUGCUCCUUUGCUCGACACCCAGUACCACACUGGUCGCUUUCUCUUUCUCAAUGUUUGGCGCCCCAUCGGUGACGAGCCUGUCUCCAACAACCACCUCGCCAUGUGCGAUCAGCGCUCCCUCGUGUCUCCGGACGACUUUGUUGUCUGUGACUUUUGCCUCCCGGGGACCUCUGUUGAGGUGUACCGCCCACCGCCCACCAACGCGUCCCGCCACACGUGGUACUGCUUCCCGCGCAUGACACGCAACGAAGCCAUACUCUUCAAGCAGUGGGACUCCGACCCUACGCAACUGGCGCGCAUUUGCUAUCAUACCGCGUUCCGGGAUCCCAAAGCUGCGUCCUCGGCUCCUGUUCGUGAAUCAAUCGAAGUGCGCUGCAUCUGCUUCUUUCCCGAUCACGAGCCCAACACCUGUCCACCGCUUCCUAAGGACCCCGAUCCCAUCGCAGCCGCCGCCACUCUGGUGGAACAAGCCGUGAAUAUGUUGUCGGCGUGGCCCGCUGCUGCCCAGACCUGGAUCCGCGUCAGCUUAUGGCUUGGGCCUUGGGGCGUGCGCAGCGUCGCCCGGAUCCUAGCUCAAGAUGGGCAAGGACGUUUUGGCUUUGCUAAGCUCACCCCGUCUGAGAAGGGCCUCCUGGCUGAUCGACUGGUUGAGCGGGGGCUUGCCCACAAACUACAGAAAGGCUUGCCCCCCAUCAAUCCCUGGCCCACGUUGAAAAUGGUCAUGGCUAUCUUUUUGGGGGCUGUGCCUGCCUACUGGUGGGGCCACGCCACAGCACCGGCCUAA